AUGUCUGACAACAACGACAACAAGCAGAACGAGUCCAAGGGCGAUGACAGCAAGAAGAUCACCAUGGACGAGCUCAAGCAGCACGACUCCAACGACGAUCUCUGGCUUCUCAUCGAUGGCAAGGUCUACAACGUCAGCAAGUUCAUGGAUGAGCACCCCGGUGGUGACGAGGUCUUGAUGAGCGAGGCUGGCAAGGAUGCCAGUGAGGCUUUCGAAGAUGUCGGACACUCGGAGGACGCCCGUGCGCUCCUUGGCCCUAUGCUUGUUGGCGAGAUCGAAGGCGCCAAACAGAAGAUCAAGACCACCAGCGGUGCUGUGACCAACGAGAACAACACAAACUUCAACAGCCACCCCCUGUUCAUGUUCAUCCCUCUGGUCAUCCUCGUCUCCUACCUGGCCUACAAGCAACUCUCCUAG